GGAGCUAAAAAUAUCCAUGCAUCUCUAUCCUUGCUUCCUCAUCAGUCUUAAUGGACUAUGAAUAGCUCACCUCCACAUUUAAUUAGUCAAACAACUUAAAUUAAUACACUAACAGCUGCCAUGACAGCAUUUCUUCAGAUUUCCACUAAUUUUUCUGCCUUAAACUUUCCACCCCAGGAUUGUUUGAGGAAGCAGAGGCUUCUGGGAUUGAAAGUAUCCGAGCCCAUCAACAUUCGCAGUCUUUCAAGAAGAAAGAUUCGAUUGGUAAGUAAAUAUUGGUUGAAAACAGGAGUUUCCGAGAGGAAAUUGACAUUUUUGAGAGUCAACAGGAUUAAAGAUGGGACUUUUAUCGGAGAAGAUGGGUGGAAGAAGAGCAAGAGGGUAGUGCUUGUGAGAUUCAAUGGCCUUGGUGGUGGCGGUGGAGGUGGAGGUGGCGGUGGCGGAAGAGAUAAUGCUAGAGUAUUGGGGAACCUUGCUUUGGCAAUUGGCUUGAUUUAUCUCUCAGUGACUGGACAGCUUGGUUGGGUUUUGGAUGCAAUUGUUUCUGUUUGGCUUCUUGCCGUGCUGCUACCAAUUGUGGGAUUGGGAGCUUUUCUCUGGUGGGCUGGACGGGACAUCGUCCAAGGCACUUGUCCAAACUGUGGGAACGUUUUUCAAGUUUUCAAAUCUACGCUUAAUGAUGAUUUACAGCUAUGCCCUUUCUGUAGUCAACCGUUCUCAGUGGUAGGAGAUAAGUUUGUAAGAGAUCCGGUAAAGUUUUCCAACCAAUCCACUACUUUUGAGGACGCAUUCAAUGAUUUUUUCCCUCAUGCAAAGAAAGGAAAGGAUUCAUCUGUAUCAGUUGUCGAUGUUGAAGCUGAAGUAAAAGAUGCAGAGUAAGGCACCUUUUAUCCCAGUCACGGCAUUUGGUUGAGCCUGGUAAGGAGAGAGUCUCUUGAUAGAGAUCAUGAUACCCUCUUUGAAUCCUCCCAGGGGCAUAUGGUGUCUCAAAGCAAUGGAUUUAGUUGCAAGCGCGGGUUGUUCGACCGAGCAAAGUGGUUUAUCCAUUCAACUUUCCAGCUAUACCACGCAAUGUUUGUCUAGUGUUUCCUUGUUGAAAGAUGGAAAUUUGUACCACAGUCUUCUCUAAAAUUUGGGUAGAGUUGCUGUACAUCUUUUUGCGCCUGUAAGCCAUAUAUGAGAUUGGAAAUGUUACAGGAUUCCUGUAAAAUUAGCUUUUGCUUUCUGUCCUCUGUGAGCCCACUCCGCCAUUCUUUGGCAUUGGAGAAGAGAGGGCGUAAGAGAGGUUUGUGGGGAGCUACUGAACCUUGAAAGGAGAUUCCAUUUCCAGUGUAGAUAGAUAGAUAGAUAGACUUGUGUUGGA